CGUGUCGCUUUAUCAUUUUAUUUCAAUGGCUGAGAUUUGCUCUGUCCUUUCAACUGCCUUUAACUGUCAAAUCGCCCGUUUUCCUCGAUUUUUGACUAUUUAACUUUCUUUUCUUAAAACGUCAAAACACUUUCGCUCUUUUCUUCAAACUUUUCUCUCUCUUUCUCAAAUCUUCUCCUUUGUUCCUGCGAGUUAUUUUUUCGGCGCUGUUUCUGUUGCUGACUGCGGUGCUUGCGGAAGUGUUGUACCUCGGUUCUGGGCUGCUAAAUUUCCGUUGUGCGAGAAGGUAUAGUCUUUUUUGUUUUUGUUUCUUCCUUCGUAUAGGUUUAUAUUUGGGUGUAAUGUCGAGUGAGCGAGAUAGUGAUAAUGUGUUGAGUGGGGCUGGGUAUGACGAUGCUGACCCUGCGUCUACCUCUGAGGAUGUCAAUUUUGAGGAUGAUGAUAAGCCGUCUGCCUCUGACUAUUUUGAGCCGUCUUACGAGGAUGCUGCAAAGGAAUUACAGGCUCACAUGCGCAAACAGGAUGCCGUCAGGGGUGCCCAUCUAGAGGACGUGGCUGGUGGGAGCCGUCAGAUGGAUGAAGGGGAGGUUAGCAGUCGUGCUAACGAUGUUGCGGGGUCCAAUAACUCCGCCGGUAGCGGUGGGGGAGAUGAUGAGGAUGCAGGGGAUUCAAUUUUGGAGUCUGAUGAUGAUAUUGGCCGGUUGUGGGAUGAUGGUGAAGACGUGACCUCUCUGUGUGAGCAGGUAUUGAGAGAAGGGGAUCUGGAUGUGGAACCAGAUUCCGAUACGGAAGAGAUGAGCUACAGGGUUGAGAGUCCUCCUCCUGCUGGUAGUGCCGUUUACAAAGCUAAGAUAAUCAAAUCUUUUCGUGAUAGGGCUAUCAAAGACGACCAUCCGCGCUGGGCCAAAGAGUAUUUGAAACUGCCCAAAGGGUACCGUCUCGUGAUUCCUGCUGAGGGGAGUGUGAUUUUGGAUUGUCCUCCCGAUCAUAUUGGCGUGUAUGCCCAUCAUCUAGAUUUCGGCCUCCGAUUUCCUCUUCAUCCUUUUAUAGAGAAGGUAUUCCGGGCUUGGAAUGUAUGUUUGGCGCAGGUAACGCCUCAGGUAGUGAGGAAUGUUGUGGCUUUUACCUGGCUGCUAUCUUUUAAACAAUGGCCCCAAACCAUUAACCUAUUUAGGCGGCUGAUUUGGUUGAAAAAGUACAAGAAGAAGUCUGGAUGGUGGUCUUUUUACACCAAGGCAAGCAAAAUGACAGUCAACCCCAAGCUGUCUAGCUGUAAAGAUUGGGAAAAGAAGUUCUACUGGUUGAGAGUGCCUUCUGAUUUCCCCAUUCGGACUCGCUUUCAUCUCCCCCGCCCUCAUAUGAACCAUUACCCCAUUCGGGAGUUGGGUUUCAGGGAGAAAAGGGCCCAUCAGUUUGUGUCAUGUUUGCAUGUUGACACCGGUUUGCAGAAGUCUGUGACCGUUCCUAAGUACUGGUUGCCUCCUGCUAAGUAUAUUUUGGGAAAUGGGCCGCUGUCUGCAGUUGGCUUGUGCCACACCCAUACUCUUGGCCUGCAUACUCUCAACUUUGCUAUUCUUGGCUUGGGUAAAGACGGUCGCCCUACUACCAACAACCCUCCCAAUCCGAAAGGCGUGUUUUCCACUCUGUCGACCUACGCAACCCAAGCCAACAAAAAGCGUGGUUCAACUCGGGAGGAGGUUGUGAGUGAGUCUCCUGCUAAGAAGACAAAAAGAUUAAGCUCCAUACCAGCUCCCAAACCACUUUCCAUCCGUGCACCUACUGGAGUUGUUUUCAAAACGACUCAUACUGCUCCUGACAACCCUGCUCCAAGACCUGUCUUCAAGACCGUCCAUACUGCUCCUGACAUGGCUGGAGGUUUUAAAAGUUUGGAUUGCGGUCGUGGUGCUGCCCUUACUGGCAGGCGUCCUCGUGAUCGUAACCAACCCUUCGCUCGGGUGAAUCGGUCUCGAGUGGACGGUACUACGCAGCCUGCCCCUGAUAAGUCUCAGCAGAAGUCUCCUGAGAAAGGUUUUGAAUCAGCUGCCGAUGUGAACAUCGCAGGCCAAGGGGGUGAUGCUGUUGCGGAUGUUGAGCCGAUAGCCCAACCAGACUUGAUGGUUGUGGAUCUUAUGACUCCAACCCGUCAGAACCAAGAGCAAGAGGUAAAUGAUACUGAUGUUGCUGGUAUGGGCCAGAAGACUCCUCCUCUCAUGCCUCCUACUCUUCAUACUUCUUCUGGGUAUGUUCGCCCUAGCCAGAGUGCUGGUACCAGCUCUGGUCUGAACAUGGGUGUCUUUGUCCGUCCUGGGGAGUGGAUUGAGAAGACUCCGAUUUGCCUAUCCCCCAGGAAGAUGAAGUACUUUGAGGUUCCUCCUGGUGAGCCUGAUGAACCCUGGAACCCUAAAAUCGAUCUUCUUCGUGGUGAGUCGAUACUCACCGACGACUGCAAAGGGGGUGGUUGUAUGGGUUGGAGGGCUUUGAAGGAUCUGGCUACUCCUCGCGACAAUCCUGCUGCUGAGAUUGACGCGCCGGCUGCCCAACAUAUGAAUGAUAUGCUCAAGGCCUGCAACUCUGCUGUGGAGCUUGUGAAGCUGUACCUCUGCUACCAGGAGCAGAAUGAAGACCUUCAGAAAAGGCAGGCUGAUCUGGAGAAGCAGGUGAGUGACGCCAAGCAAGAUCUGGACCAAAAAACUUCUGAGCUGAAAAGGGUGAAGCAACGCAACGAAGAGUUGGAGAAUGUUGCGAACAAGCUGGAGGCAGAGGAGGCCAAGAACAAAGAGCUGUCUGAGAAGUUGCUGGAGGCGGAUGAGAAGGCCAAAGCUGCUUACAAGACCGGUGCUCGGGAUGGUGCCUUGCGAUUUUCUCGGUCCCAGACCUAUAGUAAGCGUAUCACGGAUAGUCAUAACGGUGGCUGGUUUGCUGCCCACCGUUGUGGCGUUCAUGGUAUUGGCCUUACCAAGGAGGACUGUGAGGAUAUUGAGUAUGCCUUCCUGGUGGAGGAAAAGCACAAGGUACCAACCGGUUGGGAGUCACAGAUCAUUCCGGAGGAGAUCAUUCAGAAUGCUGAUCCCUUGACUCUCCCUCCCAUUGAGCUGAAGGAAGAAGACUACCUGGAUCCUGCCCUGCUGUCUUCCAGUACCAACCAGACGGAUCAUCAACAAGUUUGAAAGUGCGGGCAGUCAUCACCGGUAUCAUCCUGUGGUUCAUCUGGCGUUGCUGCUUUUAAAGAUUAGUUUAUUUUUUUUAGACGCACUUUUGGUAUCAGCUGUUUGUGGCACUUUUUGCCCUGGGAUAUUUUAUGUUUUGUUUUUGUAAACUUUACCUUGUGCCAUUUUUUAUCAGCUAACAAAUGUCAGUUUUGGUGUUGGCUGUCGAAUUUGCUUUAUUCAGAUGGUGUUGCUCUUAUGCUUAUGAUAUUGUGUUGUUUGUUUUAUUUUUCUAUUUUAUGCUUGCCCUUAUUUAUGCAAUUGUGCUGUUUGAAUCUGGUAUUUUACCCCGAGUCAGCAAGCUGAUAGUAGCCUUGCUGACUUACUUUAAGGGUUUUGAAUCAUGAUGUUUGACUAUACAUUACCCCGAGUCAGCAAGCUGAUAGUAGCCUUGCUGACCUACUUUAAGGGUUUGAUUCGUAUCACCCCGAGUCAGCAAGCUGAUAGUAGCCUUGCUGACCUACUUUAAGGGUUUGAAUCACGAUUUUUGAUUAUACA